CACCUUCCUUUCAACACUAUCUUGUCUUUAACCUGCAUUCAUAUUCAUAUAUGUAUAAUUGCUAGCUCUCCAUUUACUAAGUCUUCAAUUUUUCUUCACAUUUUCUCUAUCAUUUUCCUUCUUCAAUUCAAUAAUGUCAAUCUUUUUCCUCCCUUUUCUUCUCUUCCUCAUUGUUCUCCCUUCUACAAAUGCUGGUUAUUGGCCACCUUCUCCUGGCUAUUAUCCAAGUUCCAAGUUUAAGUCCAUGAGUUUCUAUCAAGGUUUUAAAAACCUUUGGGGUCCUAAUCAUCAAAAUGUAGAUAAUAAUGGCAUUAAUAUUUGGCUUGAUAGAAAUUCAGGAAGUGGAUUCAAGUCAAUUAAACCAUUUCGAUCCGGGUAUUUUGGUGCUUCUAUUAAACUUCAACCUGGUUACACUGCUGGUGUUAUUACAGCUUUCUACCUUUCAAAUAAUGAAGCCCAUCCAGGGUACCAUGAUGAAGUGGACAUAGAAUUUCUUGGAACAACAUUUGGGAAGCCUUACACAUUGCAAACCAAUGUUUAUAUUAGAGGAAGUGGAGAUGGUAAAAUUAUAGGAAGAGAAAUGAAGUUUCAUUUGUGGUUUGAUCCAACAAAGGAUUUUCAUCACUAUGCUAUUUUGUGGAGUCCUAGAGAGAUCAUAUUUCUUGUGGAUGAUGUGCCAAUAAGGAGGUAUGCUAGGAAGAGUAUUGCAACAUUUCCACUAAGGCCAAUGUGGUUAUAUGGAUCAAUAUGGGAUGCAUCUUCUUGGGCAACUGAGGAUGGAAAAUACAAAGCCGAUUAUAGGUACCAACCAUUCUACGGAAAAUUCACGAAUUUUAAGGCAAGCGGUUGCACCGCCUAUUCAUCGCGAUGGUGCCACCCUGUGUCCGCUUCGCCAUCCCGGUCCGGAGGCCUUACUAGGCAACAACGUCAAGCCAUGAAUUGGGUUCAUAGUCACUACUUGGCCUAUGACUAUUGUCGAGACUCCAAAAGAGACCAUUCCCUUACACCGGAAUGUUGGCGUUAAAUAGAGCCGUUUAUUUGGUGAACUAAGCGAACUGCUGAAGCUGUGGGAUGUAAAAGUACAUCGGUGGAAGUGUCAAUCUUUCAUAGGAUUAUCCUAUUUUGUGUGAA